GUCGAACGGCCGGUUCCGGCUGAAUGUCAGUGCGGAGCUGUGGGCCGAGGAGGAAGGUGGUUGGCGGUCCCUUCACCACCUCCGCGGCUUGUGCUGCCGCCGCGGGCUCCCGGCCACUCGGCCGCUGUGGCAUGAGACCGUGAAGCGAGCGACGAGCUGGGGCCGCCAACAUGUUUGGCCGCUCGCGGAGCUGGGUGGGCGGGGGCCAUGGCAAGUCUUCCCGCAACAUCCACUCCUUGGACCACCUCAAGUAUCUGUACAACGUUCUGACCAAAAACACCACAGUCACUGAACAGAACCGGAACCUGCUAGUGGAGACCAUCCGUUCCAUCACCGAGAUCCUGAUUUGGGGAGAUCAGAAUGACAGCUCUGUAUUUGACUUCUUCCUGGAGAAGAACAUGUUUGUUUUCUUCUUGAACAUCUUGCGGCAGAAAUCAGGCCGUUACGUAUGCGUCCAGCUGCUGCAGACUUUGAACAUCCUCUUUGAGAACAUCAGUCACGAGACCUCACUUUAUUAUUUGCUCUCUAAUAACUAUGUAAAUUCUAUCAUUGUCCAUAAGUUUGACUUUUCCGAUGAGGAGAUUAUGGCAUAUUAUAUAUCGUUCCUGAAAACACUGUCGUUAAAACUCAACAACCACACUGUCCAUUUUUUUUACAACGAGCACACUAAUGACUUUGCCCUGUACACAGAAGCCAUCAAAUUUUUCAAUCACCCCGAAAGCAUGGUUAGAAUUGCUGUAAGAACCAUCACUUUGAACGUCUACAAAGUGUCAUUGGAUAACCAGGCCAUGCUACACUAUAUCAGAGAUAAAACUGCGGUCCCUUAUUUCUCCAAUUUGGUCUGGUUCAUCGGCAGCCACGUGAUCGAACUUGAUAACUGUGUGCAGACUGAUGAGGAGCACCGGAAUCGGGGGAAACUGAGUGACCUGGUAGCUGAGCAUCUGGACCACCUGCACUAUCUCAAUGACAUCUUGAUCAUCAACUGUGAGUUCCUCAACGACGUGCUCACGGACCACCUGCUCAACAGGCUCUUCCUGCCCCUCUACGUGUGCUCACUGGAGAACCAGGACAAGGGAGGAGAACGGCCGAAAAUCAGCCUGCCCGUUUCACUCUACCUUCUGUCACAGGUCUUCCUAAUUAUACAUCAUGCACCCCUGGUGAACUCGUUAGCUGACGUCAUUCUGAAUGGCGAUCUGUCAGAGAUAUACGCUAAGACUGAACAGGAUGUUCAGAGAAGUUGUGCCAAGCCCAGCAUUCGGUGCUUCAUUAAACCCACCGAGUCGCUCGAGCGGUCCCUUGAAAUGAACAAGCACAAGGGCAAGCGGCGGGUGCAAAAGAGACCCAACUACAAAAACGUUGGGGAGGAAGAAGACGAGGACAAAGGGCCCGCCGAGGAGGCCCAGGAAGGCGCCGAGAAGGCUAAAGGUACAGAGGGUGGUUCAAAAGGCGUGAAGACGAGUGGGGAGAGAGAAGAGAUAGAGAUGGUGAUCAUGGAACGCAGCAAGCUCCCGGAGUUGGCGGGUGGCACCUCCAUGCAGGAGCAGAACACCACGGACGAGGAGAAGAGUGCGGCCACGGGCUUGGAGAGUGUGCAGUGGAGCAGACCCUUCCUGGACAUGGUGUACCACGCCCUGGACAGCCCGGACGAUGACUACCACGCACUCUUCGUGCUCUGCCUCCUCUAUGCCAUGUCUCAUAACAAAGGCAUGGACCCUGCAAAACUGGAGCGAAUUCAGCUCCCAGUGCCCAGUGCAGCCGAGAAGACCACCUACAACCACCUCCUGGCUGAAAGGCUCAUCAGGAUCAUGAACAACGCCGCCCAGCCAGACGGGAAGAUCCGGUUGGCCACGCUGGAGCUGAGCUGCCUGCUCCUCAAGCAGCAGGUCGUGACCAGCACUGGCUGCAUCAUAAAGGACGUGCACCUGGCCUGCCUGGAGGGCGCGAGGGAAGAAAGCGUUCACCUGGUGCGGCACUUUUAUAAGGGAGAAGAAAUUUUUCUGGACAUGUUUGAAGAUGAGUACAGGAGCAUGACAAUGAAACCCAUGAACGUGGAAUAUCUCAUGAUGGACGCCUCCAUCCUGCUGCCCCCGACGGGCACGCCACUGACAGGCAUCGACUUUGUGAAGCGGCUGCCCUGUGGUGACGUGGAGAAGACCCGGCGGGAUAAGUUCCCAGAAGUGGAAUUUCUGGUUCAAAGGGCCAUCCGGGUAUUCUUCAUGCUUCGUUCCCUGUCACUGCAACUGCGAGGGGAGCCCGAGACCCAGUUGCCACUGACGCGGGAGGAGGACCUCAUCAAAACCGACGACGUCCUAGAUCUGAACAACAGCGACCUGAUCGCAUGCACGGUGAUCACCAAGGAUGGCGGCAUGGUCCAGCGGUUCCUGGCUGUGGAUAUUUACCAGAUGAGUUUGGUGGAGCCCGACGUGUCCAGGCUUGGCUGGGGAGUGGUCAAGUUCGCUGGCCUCCUGCAGGACAUGCAGGUGACCGGGGUGGAGGACGACAGCCGUGCCCUGAAUAUCAUCAUCCACAAGCCUGCAUCCAGUCCCCACUCCAAGCCCUUCCCCAUCCUCCAGGCCACCUUCGUCUUCUCGGACCACAUCCGCUGCAUCAUUGCCAAGCAGCGGCUGGCCAAGGGCCGCAUCCAGGCCAGGCGCAUGAAGAUGCAGAGGAUAGCUGCCCUCCUGGACCUCCCGAUCCAGCCAACGACCGAAGUCCUAGGGUUUGGACUCGGCUCUGCCUCCUCCUCCCAGCACCUGCCUUUCCGCUUCUAUGACCAGUGCCGCCGGGGCAGCAGUGACCCCACGGUGCAGCGCUCUGUGUUCGCGUCUGUGGACAAGGUGCCAGGCUUUGCCGUGGCCCAGUGCAUAAACCAGCACAGCUCACCAUCCGUGUCCUCGCCGUCACCGUCUGCCAGUGGGAGCCCCAGCGGCAGCGGGAGCAGCAGCCACUGCGACUCAGGAGGCGCCAGCUCAUCGUCUACCCCGUCUGUUGCCCAGAGCCCGUCAGACAGCAGCUCUGUGACCCACACCAGGCUCCUUCACCGGCCACUUGCGCCUCCCGUCUCCAGAUCUGUUGCACGUCACACGCGUUCUGGUCAGGAGUGGCAGGAAAGGACGCCGGCGAGUGUUCAGCCUGUCGGAGGCCGACAGUCACGGCGGCCACUGGGUUUAGUGCUUCGAACGGCAGCUGUCACGGCAACUCUGGCACAGUCAAUGCAGGCAGGUCUCCUCCGUUAGCCGCUGCGGGCCCUCGCUGCCCCCUCGCCACGCUGCAUUUCCACAGUCAGCAAGCUCUGCACGGCAAGCCGGGCCUCUGAGGACACCAGGCUGUGACCCAGGAGCCAUCCUCGAAGUGGGCAUGUCCUCAGCUCCCCCCGGGCCGGCUCUCCCAUUCCCCUUGUGGCCUCACCUCAUCUGAGGACCAAAUCCCCAGACCCUUGACCCUUGUGUCCAUUCUUCCAAGCCUGGACCCAGGCAGCCUGGAAACGCUGUCAUUCUCCAUGAAAUAGCAGGCAGGCCAGCGUCAGGCUCAGCACAGGCCCUGAGCUAGAGGCGGGUUUUCCAGCCGAGCCCUCAUAGGGUCCCCCCAGUUUGGGCCACAAUGAUUAGGUGGUAGAAUUUGCAAAAAGCAACCCAGAAGUCAGCUCUUUCUUUUUUUUCUCCCUUUUCCUUUUUUUCCCUGGCCUUGCUCAAAGCUAAGUAGAUUCAGUCACGUUCCAGCCAGAGGCCAAAAGUAACUUCACUUACAAAUGCACCAAUGGGUGUGACUCUGUCGUCCCCCUUCUUACAUGUAGUGCCCCAAGUAGCAGCGAAGCAGGUCUGGGGGCCACUGACCCGCGGUGGCACGCUUCGGAGGGCCCGUUGCUUUCAGGGUUUCCCACGCGUGCCCUCCCACUGGGCAGCUGUGCUUGCCAGUCAGGAGCCUUCUGCCAUCUUUUGCAUUUAAAAGCUGUUUUCUCUGAGCUUUGCCCGCCGACUUGCUGUGCUGUUCUUUUCUUCCCCAUAUCACUCAGGCCCACAUUUUCCAGGCUGAGCACAUCAAACCCAGAUUUUUACUCAAAACUUGUCACUCACUCGACAAGGGUCAGCUGAGCCCCUGCCCCAAAGCAAAAGAUCAGCUUCUGAGGGUGCUGGCGGGGACGGGGUGGUCAACUGGGGGCAGAGCCACGGGGAAGCCAGCAUGGCUCAUGGAAACCUGUAUGUCCAGGAUUUCCCUCUCCGCCUCCAGUCGUCUCCUCGGCCCCUGGCCAGGGAGCUAGAAUGUUCUCCGAAUCCCUCAUUUCCUGGGCUGAGCCCCAGCUUGUGGCCUGAGACCUCAAAAUCGCCAGCUGCAGUAACCUUUGCAGCUCAGCACUUGACCAGAAAACGUGUCCUCACUGGGUAAUUUUCCCCUGGUGUAAACCUGGCAAAGUUUUUGGGGUUUUUUCCCCCCUUGAAUGGAUAAAUGCGAAGAGCGCAUUCAGGAAACAGUUCUUAGUUUAAGAAAUAAUAAUGAAGUAAAAAUAAAUAAAAGUAAGGCAGUGUUGGAGGUGAUGGAUAAGAGAAGGAUAUUUUUUCUUAUUAAAAAAAUAAAAGCUGUUUUUAUGGGGGAGGGCGGAAAGGACCCUUUUAAUAAAAUUGUUGGUUCUUUUCCUACAGAAGAAACCAGUUUUGUGUGUUUGGUCUUGUUUGUUGAUUUGUUUGUUUUUUAAUACAUUUGUUGGCAACUUUCCCACUUCCUUGAUUAUUCUCAUCACCGAAAACCCUGUUAGGAAUUAGGGAAACAGUCUGCCAGCUUUUUUGAAUAUCUGCAUGCAAAUGCAGACUUGAGCAAAAAGGGAACUCUUACACAGAAGUUUUGAGAAAAACAUGAAGGAAAUGCUUUGCAGCUCUGUCUCCAGAUGGCACAAAAGUGCCAUUUGGAGAAUUAGUCAUUUCUAAACUGCCCCAUCAGCAGCUCAGCUUACGUGUGGAUCCAAGUGUACAGGAGUUCACAGACACGCUCAGGUGAAGUGAGGUGGAGGCCACCGGAGCAGGUGCGCCCCCGUCGCAGAGAGACACACACGUUGUGAGGAACGAUGGGUGUUUUGUGCUGGGUUCUGACCCUGGGCAUGGAAACCAGCCCCUCACCACAGGUGUCCUUACUGAAUGGAGCAAAGUCCCACGAAAGAGAAACCAGAAUGCUCGUGGAGUGUUUACUCAGCAUUCUGGGCUCAGAUCACACCCCGUUCAAAUCACUUUUUCCGCUAGGGCUCACGGGUGCCCCACUGCCACCCACUCAGGGCGAGGACACAGUACCCAAAGCCCCGUGCGGUGGUUGUCUCUGGCCUUAUUUCUCUCUCUCUCUCUCUCUCUCUCUCUCUUUUUAAAAAAGCCCGUAUGAAGACAUUAACGGGGACGCUGUAAAGCUCAUCUUGCCUGAGAGUCUUGUGGGAAGAAUGGCCGACGUGUGCUUUGGGGGACAACCUGGGGCUUGUGCUUUCCCUCCACAGCGGGGGUCCUCAUCCCCUCCUCCUCCAUCCCAUUCUGUGUGCCCUUUGGUUUUAUUUUGCUCUUGGUUUGUCCAUUCUUUCGCUCUGUGUUCAGUUUGCACUUCUGUUUUGUUUUGGCUUAUAAGAAGAAGAAAACCCCACUACCUGGAAUCACAUUGCACAAAAGAAAGGCGACCACCACGCCCAGGACCCAGAGGGCCUCAGACUUGUGGCUCAACACAGUGUCAUCGGCACCUCCUGCCCAUGGCUUGUCCACCCCACGAUCUGUACGAAUAAGAGUUUGCUCCCCAAGCGAGGUGCCCACAGCCUUCUUAUCAAUGGCUUCAAAUUAUUGGCCUGUGACAUCCUAGAAGAUGUUUUCCACAGUGCACUCAAGUCACAGCUGGUGUUGCUGUCCAGGCAGACCCAUCUCUGGAAAGCAAAUUAGGCCAUCUGUCUGUCAUCUGAUCAAGAAUUUUGAAAAGCACCAAAAAAGAAACAGCCAAUCUGAGAAUGGCCGUAUGGGACGGAGCCUCCCCUGCCUUCCUGCUUUCUCUCUCUGGGAGACAGGAAAGGCCCCGGCCAUCACAGUGCCUCUGAGUGCUGACUCAGCACGUAGGGAAGGAGCGGGAGACUAACCACAGCCCGAGGUUUGGCUUUGGUUUUGCAAGUUGCAAAGUUCUAUAGAAUUCCCUUUUUUUUUUUUUUUUGUCCCUAUUGCAGUAAGUUCCCUCUUGAGUAAAUGUGACCAAAUUAGACUCUGAAAAUGGCGUGAUGUGAUAAGCACAGCCAAGCCCAUUUGCUCCCUAAACAUGUUUAUCAUGAGGCAGGUGUUGGAGGACGCGUUCAUACGCACAGCCCUCCUGGGCCAUUUCCCAGCACCCAUAAUCCACUCAUUGAUUCUGCACACACCCCUCAUUUUUCCCUUGCAUCACAAGUGAGGCUAACCCUGGGCCCCGCAGACUUUUCCCCAGGCCUGGGUCAGACUGGAUUUGUCAGCUUCUGUGUCCCCAGAAGGAAGAAGUGGAACAAGCUGUCCCCUCAAAACUACCAUCUCCCACCCAGAUUUCCCUGGGCCUUUGUUCAGGAUGGGAGCAGAGGGUCCCAGCGGGAGCAGAGCGUCUCAAAGCUAAGUG